CGGUUCCUUGGCAAAUCCCAAGAACCAUUUUCUUCGUGGAAUCCAACAUCCCCAAAAAAGAGCACUCAACUGAUAGAUCCAGACCAUUUCACAUCAUUUUCAACUUCCAUUUAAAAAACCCAUAAAAUAUCACCAAUCGCUUCACCGCCAGGGAACUCGUGUGUUGUCUUCCUUGGAGUUAGAGAAACGAUGUAAUUUAGGGGGUUUUGGUAUACAGGGAAGGCUUAAAAGAAAGUUAAGUGUUUGUGUUGGAAUUGAUAGGAUUUUUUAUUACUAUUUUGGGUUUAUGUGGAUUUGGAGUUGGGAUUUUAGCCGGUCUUGUGAUCGGUUAUUAUCUCUUCAUCUUCUUCCAGUCUAGCAAUGUUAAGGUUGUGGAUUUGCAAAGUGUUUGCCCUACCACGAAUUACCUUAAAGCCUUUGGUUCCAAGCUUCCCUUGUUUUGCAAAUAUCUUUGUGUCCUUGAUGGAGAAGCCCUAUGUUGACUUUGGAUUGAAGCUUAUAGGGGCUGAUCUCAUGUCCAUACCAGGUCUUUACAGGUUUGUCCAGGAGCUCAUCAAAGAUCAGGUUGCAAACAUCUAUCUUUGGCCUAAAACCCUGCAAGUUCCAGUUCUGGAUCCAUCAAAAGCUUUUAAGAGGCCUGUAGGAAUUCUCCAUGUGAAAGUUGUAAGGGCAAUGAAGCUAAAGAAAAAGGAUCUUUUGGGUGCAUCAGACCCUUAUGUUAAACUGAGGCUAACUGAGGAUAAGCUUACAUCUAAGAAAACCACUGUGAAGCAUAAGAACUUGAACCCUGAAUGGAAUGAGGAAUAUGAUAUGAUUGUCAAAGAUCCUGAUACCCAGGCCUUGGAACUUCAUGUUUAUGACUGGGAGCAGGUGGGGAAGCAUGACAAGAUGGGAAUGAAUGUGGUUCCUUUGAAAGAACUUACUCCUGAGGAGCCCAAACUUACGACCCUUGAUCUUGUUAAAAAUAUGGACUUAAAUGAUGCUCAAAAUGAGAAGUUGCGUGGGCAGAUUGCGGUGGAACCAACAUAUAAGCCCUUCAAAGAAGAUGAAAUACCAAAAUCUUUUGAUGAGUCAAAAACACUGCAGAAGCCUCCUGAUACUACACGUGAUGGUGGAGGUGUGCUUGUGGUCAUUGUCCACGAGGCGCAAGAUGUUGAAGGAAAGCACCACACGAAUCCAUAUGUGCCUGUUCUCUUUAGAGGCGAUAAGAAAAAGACUAAGCAUGUAAUGAAAAACAGAGAUCCAAGAUGGGAAGAGGAGUUCUCGUUUGUACUGGACGAACCUCCUGUUAAUGACAAAUUGUACGUGGAAGUUCGCAGCAGUUCGUCAAAGAUUGGCUUGCUGCAUCCAAAGGAAACAUUGGGUUAUAUUGGUAUAAAUCUUUCUGACGUCGUUAGCAACAAAAGAGUCAAUGAGAGGUACCAUCUGAUAGACUCGAAGAAUGGACGGAUCCAGAUCGAGCUGCAAUGGAGAACUAAAUGAACUUCGAGAGGAGAAAACCCAUUUGUUGAAGUCUUAGAUCUGCAAUUGAGGUUAUACUUCAUUGUUGAAGUCUUGGAUCUGUAUUUGAGGCUAUACUUCAUUGUUGAAUUCUUGGAUCUGCAAUUGAGGUUAUACUUCAUUGUUGAAGUCUUGGAUCUGUGUUUGAGGUUAUACUUCAUUGUUGUUCGUUUUCUGUAAAUGUAUGUAACAAUAAUAAUAUUACUGGUGAUGGCAUUGAAGUUGGAAGAGUGGACGGACAAUCCUUUGCUUUUACUUUUAAAAGAUA